UGACGUCAGCGAGUCCGAAGCCAGAAAGAAGCUGGGGGCCGGGGGGCGCUGAGCCGGGAGAACCGGACCGCGAGAGCAGAGCGCGGCGGGAACCAGUCGGGAGCCGAAGCCACUCAGGCACCUGCGCGUCUGCCCAGCCGAUUGGCGCACGCAGAGUGGCCCGCAGGCCCCCGCCCGGGCCCAGUCCCUCCCGGGCCCCCCAUGGCCCGGGACGCAGCCCUCCCGCCGUCGAAAUUGUCGCCGCCGAAGCUGCCGCUACUGCCAUUGCUGCUGCUACUGCUCCGGGAAACCGGAGCCCAGGAUGUGCGAGUUCGGGCCGCAGCCGAGGUGCGGGGCCACCUGGGGGACACCGUAGAGUUGCCGUGCCACCUGCUGCCCCCAGCGCCUGAAAUCCGAGUGUCACAGGUGACGUGGCUGCGCCUGGAUGCGCCUGAGGGUAAUCAGAACGUGGCCAUCUUCCACCCCCUGUAUGGUCCCAGCUUCCCCAGCCCGAAGCCUGGCAAGGAGCGGCUGUCCUUCGUCAAUGCCGGGCAGAGCACCGGGGCCGGGCAAGGCACAGAGCUGGAGGUGCGGGACGCCACGCUGGCCCUCCGGGGGCUGACGGUGGAGGACGAGGGCAACUACACCUGCGAGUUUGCCACCUUCCCCCGGGGCACCAGUCGGGGAGUGACCUGGCUCAGAGUCAUAGCCCAGCCCCAGAACCAUGCCGAAACACAAGAAGUCACACUCAGUCUGGAUCCUGUACCCGUGGCCCGCUGUGUCUCCUCGGGCGGCCGGCCACCUGCCCGAGUCUCCUGGCUCUCAUCCUUGGAUGGAGAGGCCAGAGAGAGCCAGGUGUCAGGACCCCUGCCUGGUACAGUCACCGUCACCAGCCGCUUCACCUUGGUACCCUUGGGCCAAGCAGAUGGUGUCAAGGUCACCUGCAAAGUGGAGCACGAGAGCUUUGAGGAGCCAGUUCUGCUGCCUGUGACGCUCUCUGUGCGCUACCCCCCUGAGGUCUCCAUAUCCGGCUAUGAUGACAACUGGUACAUCGGCCGCAGUGAGGCCUCCCUGAACUGUGACGUCCGCAGCAAACCGGAGCCCACAGGCUACGACUGGAGCACGACUUCAGGCGUCUUCCCAGCCUCAGCAGUAGCCCAGGGCCCCAAGCUGAUCGUCCACUCGGUGGACCGGCUCUUCAACACCACCUUCAUCUGCACCGUCACCAACGCCGUGGGCACGGGCCACGCCGAGCAGGUGGUCCUAGUUCGAGAGACACCCAACACAGCAGGCGCAGGGGCCACAGGUGGCAUCAUUGGUGGCAUCAUCGCUGCCAUCAUUGCAACUGCUGUGGCCGCCACAGGCAUCCUCAUCUGCCGACAGCAGCGGAAGGAGCAGAGGCUGCAGGGGGCAGAGGAGGAGGAGGACCUAGAGGGGCCUCCCUCAUACAAGCCGCCGACUCCAAAGGCAAAGCUGGAGGAGCCGGAGAUGCCCUCCCAGCUCUUCACCCUGGGGGCCUCGGAGCACAGCCCACUCAAGACCCCCUACUUUGAUGCUAGUGUCUCGUGCGCUGAGCAGGAAAUGCCUCGAUACCAUGAGCUUCCCACCUUGGAAGAACGGUCAGGGCCCCUGCUCCUGGGGGCCACGAACCUGGGGUCCCCCAUGCUGGUGCCUCCAGGGCCGCCUGCUCUGGAGAGGGUUUCCCUGGAUCUAGAGGACGAUGAGGAGGAGGAAUACUAUCUGGACAAGAUCAACCCCAUCUACGAUUCCCUGUCCUACUCCAGCCCCUCUGAGUCCUACCAGGGCAAAGGCUUUGUCAUGUCUCGGGCCAUGUAUGUGUAAGCCGCCAUGGUCCUGGCCUCUCACCUCUCAUUUUUUGAUCCCUCAACUUUCUGCCAGGGAUCUAGGGCCCCCUGAUCUCUCGCUUGGCCACUGUCAGUUAACACACAUGCAUCUCAUCUGUGACUUCUAUCUUGGUGGCUCCACUGUGACGUCUAAUCCAUGAUCUCUGACUCAGAGAAAUGGGCCAUGACAAUGGAAAACUGAUAACCUUAUCUUAGGAGGGGCUGGAGAAGGUAGGUUUCUGCACAACCUCUUACCCAAGGGGUCCUCAGACUGUGACCUUAGAUUAUACCUCUCAUGUCCCACCAUCUCCAGACUCCCCCCAAAUCCCAAAGAAGACCCCAGACCUCUGAGUGGACCUCAGGCCAUCACUCCUAACAGCUCUGCUUGGGUGGGUGUUGGGGGCAUCCUGUUGCUCAGACCUGAGCCCUCCAGGUGGCAGAGCCCCACUCGCCCAGUCCCCACCCUGUCCCCCAGUGGUGGGAGGGAGGGGAUUCCCCAGCCCAAAGCAGAACUUCCCCAUCUCCUCCCUCCUGCAGGCAGGAGUCUCAGGGUACAGACCCUUCCCUGAGCUCCCACUACCCCAAUUCCUGUGUACAGAGAAUUAUGCCCCAACUCAGGGCUACACGGGGUGAGCUUCAUGCAGAGUGGGCCUUGCUGACCCCAGCCUUCGGAAAAUUUGCUGUUGCUUUGAAGACUACUGAGUCCUUUUACUCCUGCCCAGUGGGGUUGGACCCACCCACCUGGGUGGGGGGUGGAGAGUGGAUCACCUGGAUCAGGGGUAGGGGAUGUGAUAUUGGUUUGUAAUACAGCAUUUCCUACAAAAUGAGUUUGUACUUUGACCAGGUCUCAACUCAUGUUUACUGUGGGCUGUGAGGGGGAUGGGGGUGGAACAAAAUGGGUAAUGAAUAGGGGGGUCCAGGGCUUGAGGGAAUCAGUAGACUAGAAGUCAAGAUGGGUUACAGAUAUUAAGAAAAGGGCCAAAGAUGUGAAAAAGAUAAUUGAGGGGAUAAUGAGCAAAAAUGCAUAGCCAAAAACAUAGUGAUGGGUAAUGGAAGGAGUGGGGAGGAGUCCAGGGCAUUGUGAUUAACGAAAAGGAAUCUGCAACAGCAGUCUAAUGGGUAAUGGACCGAAAUAAACGGAACAAAGUAGAAAUAGCAGUAAUUAAGUAUGAGGGGCUCGGGCGUAAUGAAUAAAUGGCAAUAAGAAUAGGCCAAAGGCAAAAUUAUGAAUAAUGCUGUAAUAGGAGCUCAGGGCGUGAUGGGUAAUAGGUCUGAAAGAAUGAGCCAGGGGCAGAGGGAUGAAUAAUGGAGAAAUAGGGGCCGCAGGCAUGAUGGGCAAUGGACCCAAAACCUUAUGGUCAAUUAAGAAUUAGCUAAAAGGGCUUCCCUGGUGGCGCAGUGGUUGAGAAUCUGCCUGCCAAUGCCUGGGACACGGGUUCGAGCCCUGGUCUGGGAAGAUCCCACAUGCCGCGGAGCAACUAAGCCCGUGGGCCACAAUUACUGAGCCUGCGUGUCUGGAGCCUGUGCUCCGCAACAAGAGAGGCCGCGACAGUGAGAGGCCCGCGCACCACGAUGAAGAGUGGCCCCCGCUUGCCGCAACUGGAGAAAGCCCUCGCACAGAAACGAA